AUGUGUUUAAGUACAAUGAAUAUUAUUUUGAAAGAUUUUGAAAAUUCAAAUACAUCAUCAGCUUAUACUACUUGGUUUAUGGGUGGGUAUGCAUUAACUGUGGGGAGUUUUAUAUUAGUCAGUGGUAGAAUUGCAGAUUUAUAUGGUUUCAAAAAAAUAUUUAAUAUUGGAUGGAUUUGGAUUAUUGUUUGGUCAAUUAUUUCAGGUUUUUCUUUUUAUACUAAUUCAAUAAUAUUCUUUAUUAUAUGUAGAGCUUUUCAAGGUAUUGGAUUUGCUUUAAUAUUACCUACUGGUUUAGGUAUAUUAGGUCAUAUUUAUUCAAAUGGAGAAAGAAAAAAUUUUGUAUUUGGAUGUGUUGGUGCAAACGGACCUACUGGAGCUUGUGUUGGAGCAUUGAUGGCAGGAGUGGUUGCUCAAACUUGGUGGUGGCCAUGGAUAUUUUGGUUAUUAGCUAUAUUUAGCUUCAUCUUGUUAAUACUUUCGAUUGUAUAUAUACCUCAUUUUGAAGGUGACACUACUGGAAAUAGGUUACAAAAAUUAAAUAUACCUGGUUGUAUCAUUGGUCUUGCUGGAUUAAUAUUGAUGAAUUUUGUUUGGACACAAGGACCUGUAGUUGGUUGGAAUAAAGCUUAUAUUAUUGUUUUAUUAGUGGUAUCAGUAUUAUUAAUUGCAGCUUUUUUUGUUUAUGAGUUGAAAUUUACAGAAUUUCCAUUAUUACCAAAAUCUAUUUUCAAUAUUAAAAUUGGACUUGUUUUAGCUUGUAUGUCAUUUGGUUGGGGAUCAUUUGGAGCUUGGCAAUUUUAUUAUUGGAAUAUCAUUUUAAAUUUAAGAAAUUAUACUCCAAUUGAAGGUGGAUUAACUUAUAUUACAUUCUUAGUAUUGGGUUGUAUAGCUUCAUUAUUGGCAUCAUUUAUUAUUUCACAUACAAAACCAUCAUUUAUAAUUUCAUUUUCAACUAUUUGUUUCAUGGUUGGCUGUAUAAUGUUGUCUGUAACUCCUAUUGAACAAUCAUUCUUUAGGCUCACUUUUGGUAUGCAAUUUAUUCUAGCUUGGGCAAUGGACCUCAGCUUUCCUACUUGUUGCUUGAUUUUACUGGACCUUAUGAAAAAUAAUCAAGGAAUGGCAGGUUCAUUAGUAUCUACAGUUGUAAAUUAUUCAGUUAGUUUAUUCCUUGGUAUGUCAACUUGUGUUGAAAUAGAAACCUACAAACAUAAUCAAGAUCAAUUAUCAAGCUAUAGAGCUGGGCUUUAUUUUGCAACUGGUAUAGCUGGUUUAGGUGUGAUUUGUUCAUUUAUUUUCAUAUUUGUACAAAGAAAAGACGCAAAUGGUACAAAUGCAUUUAUAGAAAUUGAGAAUGUCGAUGACAGCUCAAUUGAAAAAAAAGAUAUAGAGAACAUGUAA